CUAAUGCCAGAUGUGUCAUCACAGUUGUCAUCUUCUGUUGAUUUUUUGUACUUGCACAAAAAUAAAAAAUUAUUUAAUACAAAUGUUUUUAUCCAAUAUUUGUUAGCCGGUUAGGAAUAAUUUUGAAAAAUGUCUGAUAUUUUUAAAGUUGGUAAGCGGGUUGAGGUAUCGGCAAAGGGAGUGCAAGGAGUAAUUGCUUUUAUAGGCAAGACUGGCUUUGCCCAAGGAACUUGGAUUGGUUUGAUAUUAGACGAACCAAAAGGAAAAAAUAAUGGAUCUGUAAAAGGACAAGAAUAUUUUAAGUGCGAAGAGAACCAUGGAAUGUUCGUUAAAGAAAGCCAAGUGCUACCUCUUGAUGAACAUGGUAAACCCAUGCAAAUACAAACUCCCAGCAAAGAGUUACCUCCUUCAAAAAUUGCUAGAAGUCGACAGAGUGUGACCCCGAACGUUAAGCCUAAACCUACCACCAUUCGGAGAAAAGCAUCAUCUCAAGGCCCAACAUUGUCUGCUUCAAGUUCGCGAAUGUCAUUGGCGAGCAGUAGACAAUCGUUGGCGGGCAGCAGACAAUCGUUGUCUGGCAGCAGACAAUCAUUAACUGGUAGCCGAACUCAACUGGAAUCUCCUUCUGUUGAUAAACAGUUAGAUCUGAACGAGUCCGUGAGUCAAGUACCGAAAAGGGCUUCAUUCGUUGAGACGGGAUUUGUAGAAACCCUCAAACCCCAAUUCACGGCGGGCCACGCCAUGAUUACUACGCCAACUCCAGUGACCUCAAUGGAUGAGAAGAUCAGUAAUCUACAGAUGCAACAAGAGCUGGAAAAUAGAUCGCAACAGAUUGCGGAUCUGGGAGAAAAAUUGGAAACGUUGAAAAUUAAAAGACAGGAAGACAAAGAAAGACUUAAGAAUUACGAUAAAUUGAAAAUACAGCUGGAACAGCUGAUUGAGUUUAAAUCGAAAAUAAUGAGCACCCAAGCUAGCUUGCAGCGGGAACUGCAAAAGGCCAAACAGGACGCCAAGGAAGCUGUCGAAGCCAAGGAACUGCACGAGGAAGAGGUAGCCGAUCUCGCCGAGGCCGUAGAAAUGGCAACGCUGGACAGAGAAAUGGCCGAGGAGAAGGCCGAAACGUUGCAAUUGGAAUUGGAAGUGUGCAAAGAAAAACUGGAAGAAGUCACGUUGGAUUUGGAGAUACUCAAAGCUGAAAUGCAGGAAAAAGGCGCCAACAUUGUUGCUAGUGGAGACCAAAUGUCUGCAUAUGAAAUUAAGCAACUCCAACAACAAAACGCGCGUCUGAGAGAAACUUUGGUAAGAUUGAGGGAUCUGUCGGCGCACGAGAAGCACGAAUAUCAAAAGUUGCUGAAAGAUAUCGACCAAAAGAAAUCCGAAAUAACCGAAUUGGGCAAAACCAAAGAGAAACUCAGCACUCGUGUGGAAGAAAUGGAACAGCAGAUUGGCGAUCUCCAAGAACAGGUUGACGCAGCUUUAGGCGCGGAAGAAAUGGUGGUUAUUCUUAGUGAUCAAAAGUUAACUCUGGAAGAGAAGGUCGCGCAACUUCAAGAAGAGGUUUCCGAAUUAGAGGCGCUGCAGGACAUGAACGACCAGUUGGUAGAGAGCAACGCCGAAUUGGAAGCUGAUUUGAGAGAGGAAUUGGACAUGGCACAAGCGGCUACAAGAGAGGCUUUGCGCGAUAGAGAUGCCGCCAUGGAAACUAUAGCGGAUAGAGAGCAAACGAUAGGGAAAUUCAGACAAUUGGUGCAUCAACUUCAGGAGCAAUCUUUGGAUUUGCAGCAUAGAUUGGAGACUGAGACCAGUAAGCCGGUGUCAGCUUUACCGGAAAUUAUAGACUUUAAGAAAAUGUUUUCUGAAACUAAAGCACACAUCAAGGCUAUCGAUUUGGAAUUGAGAAGGAUCGAUAUUAACCAAUUGCAGCAACAUAUUAAAUUCUUGAGUUCCUAUAUGCCGGAUUCGUUUAUGACCAGAGGAAGUGAUCACGAUGCCGUUCUUCUGAUUCUCUUAAUACCGAGAAUGAUUCAAAAACUGGAGAUUAUUCUAGGUCAAGUUAAAGAUAAAUUCGGAAAAAUCGAAAAAAUCGAUAAGAACGCUGUUCUGAAAGGGCAUUCGAUCAAUCAAUUUACGUUUAAAUGCAGAAUUAGUUUCUACGUUUACGCCUUCCAGAUUAUCCUUCACCAAUACUACCACGUCUUGAACACCUGCAAGCCAGACGUGCUCUUAAAAGUUGGUGCCACUUACCCCGAAAUGGCCGGUCAAGAAAAGGUGAUCGACGACGUAAUCGAGCUGCUUAAAAAAGACCAAUUGGACGAAAACAUUUCCACUGAAGCUCUAGAAAAGUGCGUGAAUUAUUUUAACACGCUGUUUCCCGUUUUGUUCGGUCCCGAUGUCAAGCUCAAUCACAUGCUGCUGCUUACCGAUAACGUGAGAUGUUUGACAGCCGUGGCUGAUAGUUUCGUGGUCGACGCUACUGUCGUUAGAUGCUUGAUGGAGCAGAAUGCCACGGGCGAUAUGGAACUACUGAUUCAGUACAUUAUAACCACUACUGAUCUGUUGCAACAGCAAUUAAAGUUGAUUAAGCGACGUUUACCGUUAGAUACGAACAUCUCGAAUUUGGGACUUAACAAGGAAGUGCACGAGAAUUUGUAUCAGUGUUACCAGCACGCACUGAAGAUUUCUAAAACGUUGCAUGAUAUCGUCAAAUCUAUGGUACAAAUAAUAGUAAACAGUGGAGAAUCUGAUAAGGGCGUAGUACCUGAACAGAUAAAAGACAUAGCUAUAAAUGCUAGUGAAAAAUUCUACGAACAAGAUGAUCUCGGCCCGGUACAGAGUUUGAAAAAUUCGAUGAAUUUCAUCCAGACUCAGAUCACUCAAUUGGCCCAAUUCCUGCACGACAACGAAUACGAAAUCACAACUGCAAACAAAAAUGAAGACAAGACAACACCUCCAGUCCGAGUAAGAGCGGACGCCGUCAAAAAAGAGCUGGAGCAAACGAAAACGCUAACCAGCAAAUUGGAGAACAAGGAGUCCGACAUUAAAGAGCUGAGAAAAUUGCUAAAAGAAAAGCAGGAACAACUGUCCGAGAUGACCAUUCGCAAAGAGCUGGCCGAAAAGAAAUUAGGAAACGUGAACAAAGAUUACGAAUUGACCAUCGAAAAGUUGCAGAGGAAAUUGGAAGAGGCGCACAAUAAUUACAAGAAGAAAGAGAAGGAAUUUGAAGAGACUUUGGAUCACCUGCAAACUGAUAUUGACUCGUUGGAGAACGAGAAGGGAGAAAUGAAGGAAAAACUAAGGCAUUUGUCUAAGAAGGUGUCGAUCGACAAAGGAGGACUACCAAGUUCCCAGUUACCGUCUCUUCAGUCUAUGGGACCGACCCUUCCUGCCGUGGUGAAGGACUCUCCGUUGUUGAUGCAGGAAAUUGACAGCUUACGUAAAAUCUAUCACCAAGAACGUAACGAAAGGAUCAGAUUGCAGAACCAAGAAUUACAGAAUCAACUGGACAGCAUGGCACCUUUACCUACGUUCAAAAAUACUGCCGAAGAAUCUUUGGAUAGAUUGUUCAAAGAAGGCACUGCCUUGCACCAGGAAUUGUUGCUGCAUCUGGCUAAACCCACAUUCCCUUCAAUUAGCAAACUAAAACCCGGCAAUGGCCCGGCAGCUUGGAAAAGACAUUUUGCCGAGGAGCAAAACAAAUUGUUAACUCUUAAAAGAAAAAGAGAUGACUUCCAAUCCAAGGUGGCAGCUGAAGCAGUCAGGAGGAAGUUCGGUGGAAAGAUAGAAUCAGAUUUAACAGUAUUUCCAACAAAAGAAAUGACAAAAGCUCUUAAAGAGAGUAAACCAGUAAAUAUUGGUUUUGUAAAAAUAUCACAGGAACUAUUACCAGCCAGUGAGAAAUCGAAAGUCGUUAAUUUGGAACUAGAUUAUGAAAACCUACAAAAAAUCCUUCAAACAUUAACAUUAGGUAAUUGAAUUGCUUGUUUAGAAAAAUUAAUUUAUUUUUUACUGUAUAUGCAAUAUUAAUAUUUGUUAUAAGAAAAGCUUUAAUAAUU